UGGGGUAGCCUGUGUGCUAGCGGAGUGUGAGCAGUGAGUCAGCCCGCAGUGCGCGCAGCGGAGGCCGGCAGCGCUCCAGCCUGCUUCACCCGAACGCGAAUAAGAAAAGCAAGAUGAACGUCGGUGUGGCCCACAGUGAAGUGAACCCAAACACCCGUGUGAUGAACAGUCGGGGGAUAUGGCUGACAUAUGCACUCGGUGUAGGAAUGCUUCACAUCGUACUGUUGAGCAUUCCUUUCUUCAGUGUUCCUGUUGUGUGGACCCUCACAAAUGUUAUUCACAAUUUUGGUAUGUAUGUGUUUAUGCAUGCAGUGAAAGGCACACCAUUUGAAACACCAGACCAGGGCAAGGCAAGACUUCUCACACACUGGGAACAGCUGGACUAUGGCGUGCAGUUCACAUCAUCUAGAAAAUUCUUUACAAUCUCACCAAUAAUUUUAUAUUUUCUCGCCAGCUUUUACACUAAAUAUGACACCGCUCAUUUUGUGAUAAACACAGCUUCGCUUUUGAGUGUUCUCAUCCCAAAACUGCCACAACUCCAUGGAGUCAGGAUCUUUGGAAUAAACAAGUAUUAAGCCCAGUGUUCAGAGGGCACAGACCAACUCGGAGAUGUUGUCUGAUUCGGGAGAGGAGAUAACCCUUUGUACUUUGUACAGCAGCUGUGUACACUUAGCAGUUUUGUACAGUCUGUGUAAUUGUGAGUCUCUUUGUUUGAUAUAUCUUGAGAAAUUGUUGUAGGGACAUGUUAGGAGGACAAUUCUACAAGCAUUAAUAACUUAAGAUAUUUAAUGUGUUUUUGUUAGUUGUUUUGUGAUCCUUGUGGAUCUGGGCUGGCCCAGGUUUCAUGGUUAAAGUGUUUUGUUCAUUAGUUUUUGUUUGUUCAAACGUGCUCACAACACUGAUACACUAAGAUAGAUUUAUGCUUUUAGCUUCACUUCACAUUUCUGAAUCUAUUGAUUCUUAGAUAAUGCCAUGAAUUGACAAACGUGUUUUUAAAAUCAUUUAAAAGCCAUGAAACCUUUCUGCUGUUUCGUUAAUGUUUUCAUUGCUUCAUAGGUGAAUAAAAAGUCAGAUGGCAUGAUAUCCUGAAAAAUAUUUGUCCGUCACAAUACUAUAUAUAGUUUUGUUUACAGUUUUUGUCUUACAACUUUUAAGUGACAAUGGAAAAAUAUUAACAUUUACAAAACUUUUAGGAUUUUAAGAACUUUCACAUUCAUUCAACAUGGAAUCCAAAAUCGAUCUUCAUUCUGGUCUCAUUUUGCACAUUUUAUCAUUGCACCUUAUUUCAAAGAAUAUUUCAUCAUAAUUUUUGUACAGCUUCCUCUGCCCCUGAAACAAAACAUCAAGUUCUUCCCUACAUUCUUUCAUCUAUUGUUUGAUUCAGAAAAUUGCAUGUUGACUUUUAGCUCAAUUUCAGUGUCACUGUAAACUCUGGAUCAUCGCGAUUCUUUGCUCUCUUUUCCCUCACAGUAUUAUUGAAGUUGAGAAACUGUAACAUAGCCCUAAUAAACUAUUUGUAUUUUUUCACUUUCUCCUCUUUUGACAAUAUCUGCGAAGGCUCGACUGUGCCAAUUUUUUUGUCCUUUUGUUUUGAGAAAGGGUCUGAUCAGAGUAUGUUAUGUGUUGUAUGACAUGCUCCAAACAAAUAAAACUUUGCAAAGUAUUAGAAA